AUGAUUGAAAAAGCCCACAUAGAAGCAAGAUUGAACACACUGAAGCAUGAAAAUGAGGUAGCAGCAGCCAUUGAUGAGGCUAGUGUGCUCGAAGCGGCAGCAGAAGAGUUUGAAAAAGGUGAUAGACACUCAGUUAUUGAAGAUGCCACUGAAAGAACGCGCCAGUAUGUUGAACACCAGCAACUGCCACCAGCUGAGAGCGUCAACCCUUAUUCACAGCCCAUAGAGCCUGUUGUUCACGUAAUGAGACCUGGGACUCCCCCCAGACAACGCUUCACCACUCACGCAGUUACUUAUGUCUCCAACAUGAGGGAUGAGAGCACUUCUAGGCCAGCGUCGCCUCAAAGGUCAAAUAACCCGCUUCAUCAUCCUUCUCUGGCACAGCUGUCAGCCAACGCAGCUCAGCGCUCAUCCAAAAGAGCUAUUCUACAACGGCCACUAGAUGGCACUGCUGAGAUCACUGAUGUCGCAAGAUACUUGGCACGCAGAGAUCUUAUCAACUACUGGGCAUGGAAGUUUUCUUUCCUUAAUGCAACUAAUGGAUUGCAGCUCAGCGCCAGUGAAGAGCUGGACCUCCUCAUUAAGUGGCUGGGGCAGGAAUCUGCAAAACAUAUAAGGAGAAUAAGAGCAGUGCAUGUUAGUCAUCCUCCUGCUGGAUUAAGCAAAGCCUGGCAGCGUUUAGAAGAAUGUUUUGGGGCUCCAGAGAUCAUUGAGAAAUCACGCUUUGACAGGCUCAUGAACUUUCCAAAGAUAGAGCCAUCCAAUAGCCCUUAGGCCGCCCCUGCCAUCCUGGUCAAAAAGAAAGAUGACACCUGGAGGUUCUGUGUGGACUUUCGUCGGCUGAACAAUGCAACUCGCAAGUACUCCUACCCCUUGCCCCGCAUUGACGACGCUCUGGACCACAUCGCAGGGUCACAGUGGUUCAGCUCACUUGACCUACGGAGCGGUUACUGGCAGGUGGAGCUGGCACCAGAAGCCAGACCCAAGACGGCCUUCACCAUCGGUCAGGGACUCUGGCAGUUUCGUGUGAUGCCCUUUGGUCUCUGCAAUGCCCCCGCCACAUUCGAGAGACUAAUGGAGAGGGUGCUGGCUCACAUUCCCCGCAACCGGUGCGUGGUUAACCUUGAUGACCUUCUGGUUCAUGCCGCUGACUUCGAGCUGGCCCUAGAGAACCUCCCAGGUCUGCGCCUGCACCCCAAGAAAUGCAACCUCCUUCGACGUGAGACCAAGUUUUCUGGCCAUGUGGUGGGGGCAGAGGGCGUGGCCCCUGAUCCUACUAAGGUGGAGGCGGUCGAGAAAUGGCCAGUUCCGCGAAACGUCAGCGAGGUGCGCAGCUUCACGGGGCUCGUCUCCUACUACCGACGUUUUGUCCGCAACUUUGCCUCCAUUGCCAGUCCCCUACACCGUCUCACCGAGAAGGGACGGGAGUUCCACUGGGACGACAACUGUGCAGCCGCCUUUGCCCGACUCCGCACUGCCUUGAUCACUGCACCCUUCCUGAUCCUAAGUCGCUUCAUCGUGGACACAGACGCCAGCAAUGUGGGGCUGGGGGCCGUCCUGUCUCAGGAAGUUGCUGGGGGAGAGAGAGUGGUGGCUUACUACAGUCGUGUCUUGAGCCGCCUUGAACGCAAUUACUGCGUUACACGACGCGAGCUCUUGGCGACUGUCAACUUUGCAGUCAAAUGCUUGCCUUUUGAGUCAUUAAGGAAAAGUAAGAUUGUCACCCGGCCUGGACGCUCGUUGAGACGGAAAGCCCUGAAAUUUGUAGACACCAGUGAGAGUGAGGUGAACUCGAUAUCUGACCUCAAACAUUGCAAGAUUGCUGUACAAAGGAAGAACCAUUCUGUUGCUGCCCAUCCUUCUCAUGGACGCUUUGUCACACGGCUUAAGCAAACUCUGACUUCCAAACCUAAACUCCAUGAAAAUCCGGUCUUUGUGUUCAGCUCCUCUGAUGACAGUAUCCUUGUGCAAGGCGGUUGUGGCAACGAAGGAAUUCCUCAGCCAUCCAAGCAGCCAGCCCCUGGAGCGCUGAUAUUCUCAAGUGCUGAGAACUCUGUCAAUGACCCAGGGAAUGCCGACUCCACCACCAAUCUAUUGUUCAGAGAGUCCUCCCUCGAUGAAUCUCCAGAUCAAAGCAUUGAACCCUACCCCAGGAAACCCCUCUUAUGCUCCACACCCUCGAACUUUCCCCUCUAUAAACAACCACAUGUUAAAAGCUCUCCCAUUCAACAUCAACCUUCAAUUUUGAUGAGCCAUAUUGUUUUUUCAAGUUCAUCCCAAGAAGACUCAGGCCCACCUCGGGACCCCUUCUCUCCAUCACCUGCUGCAUCAGUCAAGGAGCCCAUUUAUGGGGGUAAGCAGGUUUCAACCCUGGGUGAGCCACAGAAGGACCAAAGCACACACCAAUGUGAAAAGCCACCGGAUUCACUUGCAGUAAAAAGGAGGAGCAUGACCAGGAAUAUGAGCAUCUAUGAAGGAGACAAGAGCCAAAAUGAAGGCACUGAAAUCCAAGGUGACGAAACUAAUGGCAGUAGCCAUUUUCUGUCAGCAACAGCAGGGCUGGAGUGGCUGUUAGAGUGUCAUAAGAUGGAUUGUUUGAGCAAGCACUGCACAGUGCAGCUGAAGAGACUGGAUGAACAGUUAGUGGCUCUGCUUCUCAGUCAAACCACAUAUUCGUCCAGUCUGGACUACUUGAGCUCAUUUGAGAGCUGGCAAGAGUCCGACCAUUCAUGGUCUGUGGAAGGAGGUCAAACUUCUGACCCUCCACAAAAGCUGGAUGAAGGUGUGACCAGCAAUGACGCUCCAAACCAUUCACAGUUGUUAGACAGUGGUGACUCGAUUGUCCCUGUAUACUCAGCGGGUGAAGGUCUAAUCAGCAAUUCCUUACCAUCAGUUUUCUUUGGCUGCUUGAAUAACCAAACAACCAAUCAAGAGGAAUUCUCUGGCCAUCCAUUGUCGGAAGUUACGAACACAUCAAUUGUCCACAUCGACAGUUUUGUACCUAUAAGUGACACAUCUGGUAUAUAUAUAAGUGAGACACAGUCAAGGGAUUACAGCUGUUGCAUCAACAAGACACAGUGCACUGACCCAGAGACUGGAAAGAAGAUGGCAGCACUCACAGCCAUGCUGAAGGAGAAAUGUCCGACUGUGAAAUGCAUGGUUCAGCUCAAGAAACUGUUUUCAUCACAAGGGUCUGAAGAUACUGCUACAGCGUUCACAGACACACUGAAGCUGAAAUGCCUUGAUAAGAAGUGUAAACUCAAGGUGAAGAGAGAUAUACCGUCUCAGCUGACUGGAACUCUGCAACUCAAAAACAAAACACAAACAUUGUCAACAGACAUCUCUAGCUCAGACGGUGAUGGUCAGUCUGCCAGUGGGAUGAAGAAUAGCCACCAGUCCGAGCAAGACAACAAUGCUCACGUCGACGAUCUCCACAAUUAUACAGUUUCCAGGAACACUUUUAAGAAAAAGAGCCCCUUUAAUCAUUUAGAGGGUGCAGUUGGGAAAUCCUUGGGAAGCCCUUGUGAUGUUCCAAUCAAAAAAAGGAAGGACUCACAGAUUCUUAAAGGGAAGAGAAAGAAAAAGAGUAUGUCUCAGAGCAAGUCUAGGAUAAACAGGAAGGCCUGCGUGAGUGGACUCGAUAUGAGUCGCUGGAAAAACAAAGGCAACAGGAGUACACACGCUCACCAGAGCCAACCUGCACUGAGAGGAGAUUUUAUGGCUAGAGACUGCAGCUUCACUGAACUACUGUCUACACAGGAUAUACAACCCAAUAUGUUUCCUGAGAACCUGCUGCAUGGUGCCAGUGUAGUGUCGUCUACUCCUUUGAGAGCAAGUCUUUUGGACGUCUCGUUAUUGACUGACUUCACCCCAGGCACUCGCACCUGGAGCCGCCUCAAAGCGGCCAUCUCAGUUCACCGCAAGACCAAGGUGUCACUGACACUCACCCCAGGGAGACUUCCUUUAUCAGAUGUGAGGCAGGAGCUCUUUGCUACACCCCUUCAAACAUCAAUCCCCAAGCAUUUUGUAUCACAGCUGCACAACAGAGAUUCUCUGGCUAUGUGCAAGGAUACUGAACUAUCGGAUGCAGAGAAGGUGUAUGCUGAGUGUGGCCAGCAAGGGCCUCUACCCUGGGAGGAGUGUAUUCUCCCCCAGCAUAUUAAACGGUGUAGAAAAAUAGGGGAGGGUGCCUUCGGAGAGGUCUUCUCCACCACCAACACAUCUGGAAAAAAAGUGGCGCUCAAGAUCAUUCCUGUGGAAGGCAGUGACAAGGUGAAUGGUGAAGACCAGAAGACCUUUGGAGAAAUCCUUCAUGAGAUCAUCAUUUCCAAGGAGCUGAGUUCCCUUAAAGAAAAGCAGCACAAUCAGACUUGUGGCUUCAUUGGACUCAAUGAUCUUCACUGUGUAAGAGGCUGCUAUCCUCCAGCCCUCCUCAAAGUCUGGGAUGCCUUUGACCAACAAAAAGGCUCUGAGAAUGACAGACCAGAUUUCUUUGAAAAGGAGCAACUGUUUCUAAUCUUGGAGUUUGAGUUUGGCGGCAGCGACCUGGAAAACAGCAAUGGAUCGCUGGCGUCUUUUUCGGUGGCAAAGAGCAUUCUCCACCAGGUUACUGCUGCACUGGCUGUGGCUGAACAGGAGUUCAACUUUGAACACAGAGAUCUCCACUGGGGCAACGUGCUGGUCAAAGCAACAACCAAGAAGAAGGAGAGUUACCUCCUCAAUGGAGUGACCCACUCUCUAGACACCAGAGGGGUGUUUGUCAGCAUCAUUGACUACUCUCUCUCCAGACUGGAAAUUGAUGGCCUGACAGUGUCAUGUGAUAUCUCUGAGGAUGAGGAGCUAUUCAUGGGCCAGGGAGACUAUCAGUUUGAUAUCUACAGACUGAUGAGACAUGAGAACAGAAACAACUGGAUUGCCUACCAUCCCCACUCCAAUGUGCUGUGGCUCCACUACCUAUGUUCUAAGCUCCUCUUAAUGAAAUACCGUAGAAACAGAGCGAGAGCUGAGAAGGACACAAAAGCAGAGCUCACCCAUUUCCAUGCUAACUUGCUUCAGUACCGCUCCGCCACCGAGGUGCUGCAGAACUGCCCGCUGUUUCAAUUCAACAAUUAGGUGUGAACCAAUUCCACACCCAAGGGCAUCCGGCUGUUGUAGCGGUCUAGUCCGUUGCCAACCAACACGGGGAUCACUGGGUCGAAUCCCCAUAUUACCUCCGGCUUGGUUGGGCGUCCCUACAGACACAAUCGGCCGUGUCCGCGGGUGGGAAGCGGGAUGUGGGUAUGUGUCCUGGUUGCUGCACUAGCUCCUCCUCUGGUCGGUUGAGGCGCCUGUUCCGGGAGAGGGGGAACUGUGGGGAAUAGCGUGAUCCUCCCACAUGUUACGUUCCCCUGGUAAAACUCCUCACUGUCAGGUGAAAAGAAGCAGCCGGCAACUCCACAUGUAUCGGAAGGGGCAUAUGGUAGUCUGCAGCCCUCCCCGGCUCGGCAGAGGGGGUGGAGCAGCCACCGGGACGGCUAGGAAGAAUGGGGUAAUUGGCAAAGUACAACUAGGGAGAAAGUGGGGGGGGGGGGUCCAAAAAAUUUUUUUUCCCAACACCCAGAGGGUGGUGGGUGGAGCCUGCAGUGAUGUGGAGCAGACAUUUAUCCAGGUCAACAGGUACUCAAAGAGGGACCAAUGCCUUGACGUCAUUAAAGUCACUGGAACUGAGCACACAAUGUUUUGUUUUGUUUUGUUUUUUAUUUUCCCCCCCUUUUUCACCCAAAUUGAACCUGACCCCCCCAACGACAGGAUGUUGUGUUGCUGUAAAGCCCCUUGAGGCAAAUUUGUAGUUCGUGAUAUUGGGCUAUACAAAUAAAAUUGACUUGACUCUUGUUUUAAGCAAUUUUAGACCAAUUUCAAAUCUGCCUUUUUUAUCUAAACUCUUAGAAAAGUCUGUUGCUCUUCAACUAAUCACACAUAUGAAUAGUAGUAUUUUCGAGCAAUUUCAAUCAGGAUUCUGUACCCACCACAGCUCAGAAACGGCUUUCAUUAAAGUUUCCAAUCAGUGACUUAUUGCUUACCACUGACUGGUGCUUGCUCAAUUUUAAUUCUGCUUGACCUAAG